AUGAAUCUAACUAGUGUGGAUGGAGUUGGAGAUUGUGAGUAUGCCUUAUUGGUGGACGAGGAUUCAUAUAUUAAAGGAAGGCUUUCUGUUGAUGCACACAACAUUUUUGUUCCCAUUACCUUGAUGUGGAUCCUUACAUCAAAUGACACACCAUACUGUUGUCAAAGAGCUUACCUUGUGAAUCUGGAACUGGAUAUGGGUAAUGGUACUUCAAUGGAGUCGCGGGGAUGUUUCCUUGAUGGACGCUACGAAGGAAACCCUUAUUUAUAUAAUGGAUGUGAAGAUAGGGAAGAAUGUGCAAGGUGCCCUUAUUCAUGUGACUACAUGAUCAUGUAUCUUGUGCAUGGCUUAAUCAAAUUCAGCAACCUCACUUGUAGCCAAAAUCCUGAAUGGUAUGAAAGCAAAUCAUCAUCCUUGGGUAUUACUCUAGGUGCAACCCUAAGCAUGGGUAUACUUUUUCUUGUGGCAACAAGUUAUACAUUGUAUAAAUGGAUCAAGAAAGCAAGAGAAAGGAGUCAAAGAAAGAGGUUUUUUAAACGAAACAGCAGUUUGCUUUUAAAACAACAAGAAGAAGCAGACUCGUCUUUAGUCGGUAAAACCGUACUUUUCACAUCCCAUGAACUAGAAAAGGCCAUAGACAACUUCAACGAGAAUAGAAUUCUAGGUCGAGGAGGCCAAGGUACAGUGUAUAAAGGGAUGCUUGUGGAUGGAAGGAUUGUAGCAAUCAAGAAAUCAAAAGUUGUUGAUGGAAGUCGGUUAGAACAGUUCAUCAAUGAGGUGGUCAUUCUUUCCCAAGUCAAUCACAGGAAUGUGGUCAAAUUGUUUGGAUGUUGUUUGGAGACAAAUGUCCCUCUACUCGUUUCUGAAUUCAUUACAAAUGGUACCAUGUAUGAUUGUUUACACAACGAUACUAAAGAGUUCCCAUUAUCUUUGGACAUGAGAAUACGGAUAGCUACAGAGGUUGCAAGAGCACUUGCUUACUUACAUUCGGCAACUUCCAUUCCAAUAUAUCAUAGAGAUAUCAAAACUACUAAUAUACUUUUGGAUAAUAAAUACAGGGCCAAAGUUUCUGACUUUGGAACUUCAAGGUUUGUCUCAAUAGAGCAAACCCAUUUGAGCACCUUGGUCAAAGGUACAUUUGGCUACCUCGAUCCUGAGUAUUUCCAAUCCAGCCAGUUCACGGAAAAGGGUGAUGUUUAUAGUUUUGGAGUUGCUUUGGUGGAACUGUUAACAGGAGAAAAGCCAAUUUUCAUAAACAGAUUUGGUGAACAUAUAAGUUUGGCUACACACUUUAUGUUGGCUUUUGAAGAAGGGCAUGUUAUGUAUAUUUUUUAUAUGAUGGUGCUUAAAGAGGGUGUGAGCAACGAGCUUAUGUUAUUAGCUAACCUUGCAAUGCGAUGCUUGAAUUUGAAUAGAAAAUAUAGGCCAACAAUGAAAGAAGUGGCUAUCGAGUUAGGUAUGAUACGAACGUCACAGAUUCCCUUUACGAAUCGAACCAACACGUGUUCGUCGCGGACGGGAGGAAGUCUUGAUGCUAACAUAUGGCAAACAUGUUCUUGA